AUGGAACUCUCCCCACGUACUGACCCUUCCGUCCUCGACCGACUAACAAACCUCCCCGUAGAACUUCAGCGCAACGUCCUCUUCGAGCUCCUCUCCACAGAAACCCCCUGUGCCUUCGCUCUCUUCGUGCCGGAAUGGCGCGUUUGCUCCCACGGCACCGACCCCGUCAAUCGUAUCUACGACCUGCAGCGGACCGACGUCUACACGCGCGGAACAGGCCAAGACCCAGGCGUCUUCGUCUCUGGCGCGACGCACGGCGAUGGAGACCACGUCGGAUUCUCCAUGAGAACCGCGCCCGCGAACACUUGUGUGCUGAUGGAACAGCUCAGGGCGAGAUUUCCGGUGGCCCUCGACUGGGCGCUGCGGGACGUCGAGAGGACCCGGCUCCGGACGUUCGAGCAGGUGUUCCCCCGGGCCCCGGACGACGGCAUAGGUAAGUGCAUGUCUCACGGCGCGCUGGUCUACAGGUCUUCUUCGUCUCCCCCCGGCUCCGACGACGACCGCCUCGCGCCGCGGCACCUGAUGUUCAACGGCGUGGCCAAGGACCCGUGGUUCGAGCUCCGACUGCGCAGGAACACCGAGACCAGGAUCGGGUUCGGGAUGAGGCUCUUCGUCGAGACGGAGGCGAGCAUGGUCGAGGUCGACUGGGCCGUGAUGCCGCAGCUCGAGACCGUCUUCCUGGACCUGCGGUCGUACGGCCGGGGCAGGGUGGGCGAGGAGGGGAUCCGGAGGGGCGCGGGGAAGAUGGGAUGCCUGCGGCUCCGGUGCUUGGUGAUUGCGGGUUUGCGGAGCGGUAAGUGGUACGUCAGGCCGCCCGGUUGGGAGCUGUGCGGCUGGGAGGCGGAUGACAGGGAGGUGGACGGCGGGGUCAACUGGGUCAAGGUGUUUUGCGGGGCCGUCCGGGAGGGCGGGCGGUUGGUGUUUAUCGAUCGGAGGAUUGCGGACGUGGAUUGGGAGGGUUGGAGAGCCAGGGCUGAGAACGAUGGUCUCCUACCCAGCACUGAGGAGGUGAGUCGAGGUGAGUGCAGCGAGAAAGCCUAUCUGAAGCACGUUGAGAGAGUGAUGGGUGAUGGUCAUCACAGCGGAUAG